CCGGAACCCUCUCAUAAGUAGUUGUACAUUGUCCCGGUAAUGGACCAUACACUGGUAGACAACAUGAUAUCCUGCCUACCAUGUACCUCAGCAGCAGACCUUGCCAUGCCUGGUGCGAUGCAGGGAGCCAAUUGCAUGAACCAAACAGAUACCCAGCUGCUGGAUAGCAAGCAUGCCAAAUGCUAAAUAGCAAAUAGCAAGCAGCUCUUGCGCGCGCGCAUGUGCGUGGGUAUUGUCUGUGGAGCAUCAGCAAGGAAGGUACUUCUCUUCGUACCGCACUCAAGAGGGGGGACCAGGUACCUCUCUCUUACGGAGCACUUUCCCAAGUCCCACGCCGACACCAAUUUUCUUCUCCUGUGGUCUGCGUCGACUUCCCUCCUGCCUCUCCAUCACCUUUUCCCUCUUUUCGGUUCCUUCCUCAUUGCCCCUACCGAAACCCUCCCACCUCCUCCUCUCCCCUUCCCGAGCUGCAAGGACAAAAGGCACUUCGACACGAGGACCUGUCAAUUUCGUCCUCGUCUCCUUUUCUCCCCUUGCCUGCUUGUUGCCGCAUCUUCCGCUUCGGUCUUUUUUGCUGUGCACUUCACUUUGCUCGGCACCUCUCCUGAAGCUUACCGGGAACCACUUCCGUCCCCCUCCUCUCCCGAGCAUCCGUCGUUUGUUCGAGUCGUAACGCUACGUACAGCAACAUCUUGUCUUGCCCGCAGUUGCAAGAAGACAGGUGUCGGAAUCAUCUAUUUGUCUUUACCCGGCCAUCGCUUUCGCCAUUAUUCGUAUUGUGCAGCUCUUCGUCAGCCGUAUUGUCGUUAUCCUGCCAAAAUGUCUGGUCCCCAAGCUGGUAACCAGCUCAACAUCGAUCGCUAUGUCGUGAUCCACGUCGCAACCACCUGCGACGAGCAUGGAGUCUACGUCACCAAGGACUCCGCCGAGGUUAUCGAGCUGGGCUGGAUCCUUCUUGACGCGAAGUCUCUUGAGGAGAUCACCCGCGAGAGCGUUCUUGUCAAACCCAUCAACACUCCGAUCACACCCUUGUGCACGAGCUUGACGACCCUGACCUGGGAACACGUCCGCAAUGCCGGAACCUUCCGCGAUGCCAUCAACCGAUUCGACACGUUUGCCAACGAACACCUGACCUCGCAGAACCUCGACUUCGUUUUUGUCACGCUCGAUGCUUGGGAUCUCCGCGUCCAAUUGCCCCGAGAGGCCCGGGACAAGGCCGUCGUGUUGCCUCCAUACCUCCAGCACUCUCGUACUUUCGAUUUGCGAACCGAGUACCAGCGAUGGCAGCAGCAUCACCCCGAAUCGUUGCCCUUUGGGCCUUCGAUGCUGUCCAAUAUCUGUGCCGCCUUGGAGGUGGAGCCGGUCCAGUCCAGUGCUCCAAUCAAGCACAAUCUGCCUUUCCACCUUCAGGCACUGGCUCCCGCUUCCCCUCGCCGUGCCAUGGAGGAGGCUGUCACCCUCGCCCGGGUUCUGAGAGGUCUGAUUCGCAAGUCGCAGCCCUCCCACGAGCACCCCGACGUCUUGACGCGCCCCAUGGAUGCCCGCGCUGAUGUGCGUGCUUUCUUGUCGGAGCGCAGCAAGGUCCUCCACAUGUCGGGCCUGCCCCACGACACUACUCAAUCCGAGCUCGAGAGCUGGUUUACCCAGUUUGGUGGUCGUCCUAUUGCAUUCUGGACUCUGCGAACCCCUGAGCAGCACAAGCCCACUGGUAGCGGUUUUGCUGUCUUUUCUUCCCACGAGGAGGCUGCUGAGAGUCUGUGCAUGAACGGCCGUGCCCUUAACGAGAAGGCGAUCGAAGUGUCUCCGUCUUCUAGCCGUGUUCUUGACCGCGCUGCUGAGAUUCUCACACCGUUCCCGCCCAGCAAGAACCGUCCUCGCCCUGGUGACUGGACUUGCCCUUCGUGCGGCUUCUCCAACUUCCAGCGACGAACUGCCUGCUUCCGUUGUUCGUUCCCGGCUGUGAGCGCCGGCCCUACCGGCGACAUGGGCUACGGAUACGGAUACGGCCCACCGGCCAUCAUGCCGCCUUCUCAGCACCACCAUGGACACAUGGGACACGGUGGCGGACGCAUGGGCGGAAGUGGCGUGGUUCCCUUCCGCGCCGGAGAUUGGAAGUGCGGCAACGAGGUCUGCGGUUACCACAACUUUGCUAAGAACGUAUGCUGUCUGCGAUGCGGCGCCAGCCGUGCUGGUGCCGCUGUCGUCGCUGACUCUGGUGGCUACCCUUCCCCCAUGGACCCUCCCUCCAACUACAGUAUGAGCCAGGGCUCGAUGAGCGGCACCCCUGGACCCGGGCCCUUCGCCUCGGCCGGUGGCGGCUUCGCAUCCGGCGGCGGCGGCUACGGCGGCCAGCACUUUGGCGGCCCGCCCAGCACCUAUGCUCUCCCCUCGGGGAUCGGUGGCGGCGGAGCUGCCCCCUACCCUUCCUCUCUCAACACCCACUUCGGACCGGCUCCCGGAUCCCACUCCGCCGGCCCCUUUGACAGCCGCGCUGCCGAGGCUGCCUUCCAGUCGGCCUCCAAUGGCCCCGCGUCCGCCGGUCCUUCGAACAACUUUUACUCGCAAAACGAGAACGAUCCUUUUGCGUUCCUUUCCAGCGGCAUCGGUGGUCUGUCCGUCAGCGGCGGUGAUGCCCGUCAGAACGGAGGAGCUGCGCCGCCAAGCAAGUCUCCUGCUUAAAUAGUGACGACCAGUUAGAAAUUUGGUAAUCUAAGCGGGCUACAUCGGCUUCCUUGGAUCGUUUUCAGCUCCUCCUCAUUUCUGCGGAACGAACUUCGGAAACAAGACGAACAUAGAGCAUUGACCUUUGGCAAUUACCUUCGGGACUUACGCUUGCUUUCAACGGAAGGGGGUGUCUAGGUUUUGGAAGAUCACUUGGAAAUGGGGGUUGGUUGUCGGUAUACCAAGGGAUGCGGGUAAAAAGUUUGCAAGGCUGGAAAGACAAAAAGAGUGUUACACUACCGGAACGGACGGACACCGCUGUUGGAAUUUGCUUUCUCCCUGACAAGCGUCAGUAUAAAAGGGCUGGCUAGUUAAGGAUUGUUGAUUACGGCCGACCUCGCCUUUGGUUUGGACGUUGCGGUUGCGGGACGGUCGGAUUUUGGGUGGUCCAAAAGGGGAGUGCAUAGCGAAGGGAGUGUAACGGGUAUACCUGGCCUUCAUUGUGUGUGAGAGAUGUGUUGCUUUUCAAUAUUUCCGUUUUUUCUUGAGUCUUUUCCACGUCGUGUCUAUGUUUUUUCAUCAAUGUUUGCCCUCUUCCCAAUCAUUCUCAUCGGCCUUCUUGUCUCAUCAAAUUUUUUUCUUCCAGACCAUUAAAACUCCCCCGUACUAGUUCUUCCCCUUUCAGAUUGGCUUGGCAUGUACAACCCCCUCCUCUCUAUUUCUCUCUCUGUCGCUGUCUCUUCUCUCUCGACACAAACACAUGGUUUUCUAUACGGCUGGAUGGGCGGCAGCGUUGUGGGAGUCGGGGAGUGAAACAGGGUCCAGGGCAGGCUGGGCGGGCUUUGGCUUGAUAAUCUUCCUCAUCUUGAAAUGCGAAUUUAGUACUAUUU